AUGAAAGGAUUUUGUGUAGAUAAUAUUUCGUCGCAAAAUUUGAUGAAAUCCUCUGUACAAAGGAGUAUCAAAGCAACGAUAUUGAAGCAAUACCCUAAUUUGGAAAACUUUAUUGAUGAUAUAUUCCCUAAAAAGGAACCACUAUUUUUAGGAAAAUGUACAAACCAUGUAACUAUAAUAAUUGCAAACAAUGAAAUACUUUUUUUUCAAAUACGAAAUGGGCCAUGGAUACCAAACUUGAGACUAAUUCACACAUACCCAUUUUUAAUGCCACAAAUCCAGGUCGAUAAAGGUGCAAUAAAGCAUGUAUUAAGGGGGUCGAAUGUAAUGUGCCCUGGAGUAACAUCACCUGGUGGGAAGUUAGACGAUGUUGAAGCAAACACAGUUGUGCAAAUUAGAGCUGAAGAUAAAGAACAUGCUUGUGCAGUAGGAAUAACAACCAUGUCAACAAAAGAAAUAAUUGAAGUAAAUAAAAAUAUUUGCAUUGAAAAUAUUCACUACCUAAAUGAUGGAUUGUGGAACUGCAAAUUGAACGACAAAUGA